AUGGCGAUACGUGUUAGGGAGUUCAACAUGGAGAGGGACUUGCCGGCGGUCGAGGAUCUUGAGCGCCGGUGCCAGGUCGGCCUCUCCGGCGACCAGGCGAACCCUGAGGAGGCGUCGACCGUCGAUGCCGAUGGCGGCGGAGCCAAAAAGUGGAGGAAGGGGAGGAAGAAGAAGACGGCGAAGAAGCAAGGGAUGUCGCUCUACGUGGAGCAGAUCGGCGACCCGUUCGCCAGGGUGCGCCACUCGCCCGACUAUGUCAUCCUGGUAGCCGAGCAUGGAGAGGAAGGAGGAGAGGUGGUGGGAGUGAUCAAGGCGUGCGUCAGGACGGUGAGCCGAGGGAAGAAGAAGCAGUUCGCCAAGGUGGCCUGCCUCCUCGGCCUCAGGGUCUCCCCGUCUCACAGGCGGCUCGGCAUCGCAACGGAGCUGGUGCGGCGCGCCGAGGCGUGGUGCGAGGCGAGGGGCGCGGCCCACGCGACCAUGGCGACCACAGCAUCCAACUCCGCCUCGCUGGAGCUCUUCACCGGCCGCUUCGGGUACGCGCCGUUCCGGCGGCCGGUGUUCCUCGGCCACCCGGUGCACCGGCACCGCGCGCGCGUCCCCAGCGCGCACCACGUGCUGCAGCUGCCGCCGCAGCUCGCGGCCGCUGCCUACGCCUCCCUGCUCUCGCCGGCCGAGUUCGUUCCCACCGACCUCCCCGCGCUGCUCGCCCACAAGCUCACCCUCGGCACCUACCUCGCCGUCGAGCGCGACCCGGACCCGACCCUCCCGCCGUCCUUCGCGCUGCUCAGCGUCUGGGACGCCACGCGCUCACUACGCCUCCGCGUCGGCGGCGUCGCGCCGCUCCUCCGCGCGUCCCUCGCCGCGGCGCGCGCGCUCGACCGGCACGCGCCCUGGCUACGCGUCCCGUCCCUCCCGGACGUGUUCCGCCCGUUCGGCACGUACCUCCUCUACGGCCUCCGCAUGUCCGGCCCCGAGGGCCCCGCGCUGCUCCGCUCGCUGUGCCGACACGCGCACAACGUCGCGCGCAACAACCCUGCCUGCGCCGUCGUGGCCGCCGACCUCGGGCCUGACGACCCCGCAGCCGCUGCCGUACCGCACUGGCAGAGCUUCUCCUGCGACGAGGACGUCUGGUGCGUCAAGAAGCUCGGCUCCACCGCUGACAGCACUGGCAAUGCUGGCGACGACGACGAAGACGACUGGACGACCUUGCCUCCGGCCGAAUUCCUGUUCGUGGAUCCCCGAGAGUUCUGA